AUGAGCAGCGCAGCCGUCAUAGACACACUGAAGGAGCAGUUCAGUCGUCAUGGUAUUCCAGAAGAGCUGAGAACGGACAACGGCCCACAAUACUCUUUAUCUGAGUUCAGCAAGUUCUGCAAGGACUACGAGAUACAACACAUCACUUCCUCACCUUAUAAUCCACAGUCAAAUGGCGAGGCAGAACGAGCCGUACAAACUGUAAAACCCCCAUGGAAGAAAUGCCCAGACAGACACUUGGCUGUUCUCGACUAUCGCACAACCCCGCUAGCUAGUUGCAACAUAUCUCCAGCCCAACUACUAAUGGGACGCCGACCCCGUAAUAAGCUACCAACAUCGAAGUCACUACUGCGGCCAAAGCUAUACAGCACCCAAGAAGUGAAGCAACGCUUCGACAAUGACAAAACCAAACAGCAGUUCUACUACGACAAGAAAGCUGGCCAAAACCCUCCUGCACUCAUCUCUGGAGAUCCAGUCCGAAUGGCCCCACUUCCUGGUACAAACCGCUGGCUCCCAGCUACAGUUGCUAAUCAUCACUCAACACCUCGCUCUUAUGUGGUCGAGCACAAUGGCCGAAAAUACAGGAGAAACAGACGGGAUCUUCGUCUUGCCACCCAUGGAGCUAACAAGCCUCUCCAUUGCACGCCUGCAGAUUCAGACCACGUAACCUUGCCAGUCACCACACCAGUUGCCACUUCAGCUAAUGGCCAAACCCCCUGA